GAGACUUUGCAAUUUGAGGGGUACCUUCUAGAAAUGACCACACUCCCUUUAUUGGGAUCCAGCCAACCAAUCAGGACUCUCCGAGCUCGACCAAUCAGAUUGCAGGUAGUUGUCUGCUCUUCCUGUUUGGCCGAGGGAAUCAUUAUCGGUCCAUAGUCCAGUACACGGAGACCAUGGGAGGCAUCAAACAAGAGCAGAGUGAUGCAUCACAGCAGUCCAAACCUUCGCAUUCAGCAGAUCAACAACAAGAUGAGCCAAAGAAGAGAGGCUGGCCGAAGGGAAAGAAAAGAAAGAAGGUGCUUCCAAAUGGUCCCAAGGCACCAGUAACAGGAUAUGUCCGCUUCCUGAAUGAACGGCGAGAACAUAUGCGGGCCAGGUACCCUGACUUACCUUUCCCAGAAAUCACCAAGAGACUUGGAGCAGAGUGGACGCGACUAGCUCUGAAUGACAAACAGCGCUACCUGGACGAGGCGGAACGGGAGAAGAUGCAGUAUGCGCUGGAACUGAAGGACUAUCAGCAGACUGAGGCCUUUCAGAUCACCACUGCUAAGAUCCAAGACAAGAGGAUCAAGAAAGAAGACACUCCAUCUGUCAUCAUCAGUACUAGUUCAGAGCCCUCUUUAUCAAAGGCUACUGACCUCAGAUUCGACAUCCCUAUCUUCACUGAGGAGUUCCUCGAUCAGAACAAAGCUCGUGAGGCCGAGUUGCGACGGCUCCGUAAGGCCAACAUUGAGUUUGAAGAGCAGAAUGCGGUUCUUCAGCGGCACAUUAAGGACAUGUACAGUGCUAAAGAGCGCCUGGAGGCUGAACUGGGGCUGGACGAGAAGCGUACCCAGGCUCUUCACCAGCACUUGCUGGCCAUCAAACACACGUUGGUCAACAGUCUGUCAUCGGUCCCCCUGCCAGGUACAGGUGAGACAGCGUCUCAUGUGAACCUGGACUCAUACCUGAGUCGUCUCAGCGGAGUGCUGGAGGGAAACCCUCACAAGCAUCGUGCACUGCUCUCCCAGCUUUGCGAAGUCCUCUCUCAUCUGGACAGUGAGAAGUUAUGAGGAGACUCCAGCCAGAUACCUUUUCAUUCCUGAAUCAGAGGGACGCUUGACGGGCUCGGUGGUGUUAGGUCAAGUCAGUGCCAUUCAACAGAGCAUGUGGAUAUCUCAAGGAUAGUAAAGGCAAGGGUACAAACACUUCACCACACACACAGUCCAUGUCUACAUGCCUCUUCUUUACGAAUAUGUGUAUUCUGUGGAAUAUGUGUAUUCACGCACAUGAGUUUUUGUGAAUGUAAAUCUGUGUGACAGGGUUGAGGGUUUUUACAGUUCAGGAAUUUAAUUAAAUGUAAAGUAAUUUUAUCUUCUUGAACUCUGCUUUAAUUAAGUGAAAUUGGAUUUACCCCAACCUUAUUGUGUAGUAUCAGCAGUUACCUACAGGCCCAUGACCUGUCCAAUAGGACAAGCCUAAUUAUUUGUUUACAAUUAAUGCCGUUUGGCGUUUGGUGGGUGGGGAAUGUGUACGUAGUGUUAUUUAGAAUGCAUGAAAAAAUAACUGGAAAGGGUGAAAAUGAAAUGUUGGGGUUUACAUGUUUGAAUUUACAUUGAUAUUGGCAGGUUGGUGAAUGGACAAGCAGUUUCACAUGUCAGAAUAUUAUAUAUUUGUGAAGUAUAUUUGUAUUUUCUGAAAUGUUCAUUAAACCAUACUGAAAAUGUUUCCAACAAAAAGGA